AUGAAUCUCGCACUGAUAGACCCAUUUCAACUGGCACAAGACUCUCCGGAUGCUCUCACAAAUGAUCUCAGAUGUGGCCAUGCCACCACUCUUCGAUUCAGUCGAAAGGGUGAUUACCUGGCAUCAGGGAGAGUAGAUGGCAAAGUUGUGAUAUGGGAUAUGGAAACGUUCGGUGUCGCCAUGAGACUUGUGGGUCAUUGGAAACAAAUUCAAAGUCUCAGCUGGUCUCGAGAUGGCCGGUAUCUUCUCACUUCAUCUCAAGAUUGUCGCGCCUGUCUUUGGGAUUUACAAACCCAGCAACGGAUACGGACUGUCAAGUUCGAGGCACCAAUCUAUACGGCAGAACUUCAUCCAUACAAUCACAACCUUUUCGUAGCCUCGUUGUUCGAGGACCGCCCCUACCUUGUUGACAUCACGAACCCAGAGUGCAUCAAGAAAAUCCUACCCACCACUCCUCUUAAUGACGGCGAGAGUGUCUCUCGGUCCGAGAACAAGCAAGCCACCACCUCAGCCAUAUUCUCUGUCCUCGGCAAUCACAUCAUCACAGGCACAUCGAAGGGGUACAUAAACAUCCUCGAAACAGAAACCCGGAAAAUCAUUCACUCCACGAAAAUCUCAUCGGGCUUGAUCUCGCUGCUCCGUCUGACAUCCAACGGUCGCCAGCUCCUCGCCAACAGCACUGACCGUAUCAUUCGUACCAUCAACCUACCUGAUCUUUCUCUCAUCACGCCUUCGACUGCUCCACCGUUCGAGCCUACCAGCGAAGACGAUGCUCCCGACCCAGCCACGUUGGCUGAAAACAUUGUCCUCACCACAGAACACAAAUUCCAGGACCUGGUGAACCGUCUGCGUUGGAAUCAUUGUGCUUUCAGUCAUUCAUCGACUACUGGCAUUGCCGACUAUGUCACUGCAUCGACGUACAUGAAAAAGGACAUUUACAUUUGGGAGUUACGCACGAAUUCACUGCUUCGCAUUCUCGAGAACCGUGAGGAGCCCGCUAUCAUCGAAUGGCAUCCAUCGCGGCCGUUGCUUGCCUGUACGAGCAUCGAAACGGGGAGCAUACAAAUAUGGGGCAUAGAACCACAACAAAAGUGGUCAGCGCUUGCGCCGGACUUCACCGAAGUGACCGAGAAUGUUGAAUACGUGGAGCGCGAAGAUGAGUUCGACACGUACCCAAAGGAAGAGCACCAAAAACGACGUCUCGAUCGAGAAGACGAAGUUGUGGAUGUUUUGACCGUGGAAAGAAAAAUGGGCGAAGAAGAGAGCUUCGUUCUACCAAUGCUAUAUAAUGUCGAGGACAGCGAUGGAGAUGACCAGGAACUGGUGCGUAUGGGCGUUGGCACCAUGAGGAAAAAGGAUUUUCACGAGGGCAAGGAGUACGAGAACGAAGCUGAUGAGCCAGCCAAAGCUGCUCGCAAGCGAAAGUAUUAG